UCCUAUAAAAGCUUUGUCAUGCUCUGCCAGCGCGGGAGAAAGGGGAAGUUAUUGCUGUUCACUGAGGGUUAAGCAUUACUGCCUGGAGAAUUUGAAAUGAGCGACGAUAAGUUCAAUACUACUGCUCUGCAAAACGGGUCUGCUGCAGGAGGGCAGUGCAAGAAACGAGAAGACUACCUGGAGUGGCCUGAAUAUUUCAUGGCGGUUGCCUUCCUGUCAGCUCAAAGAAGCAAGGAUCCAAGCUCUCAGGUUGGUGCUUGCAUUGUGAACCCUGAAAACAAGAUAGUUGGGAUUGGCUACAACGGGAUGCCGAAUGGCUGCAAUGAUGACCUUCUCCCCUGGGCUAGGACUGCUGCUGACAAGCUAGAUACCAAGUAUCCGUAUGUGUGCCACGCAGAGUUGAACGCAAUUAUGAACAAGAACUCUGCUGAUGUGAAGGGAUGCACAAUCUACGUUGCCUUGUUCCCUUGUAAUGAAUGUGCAAAACUCAUCAUCCAGGCAGGUAUAAAGGAUGUGAUUUAUCUGUCCGACAAGUAUCAUGAUUCCCCAGAAAUGACUGCCUCAAGACGGUUGUUUGACUUGGUGGGAAUUAAAUACACGCAAUUUGUGCCAAAGCACAACAAGAUUGUCAUUGAUUUUGAUUCAAUUAACCACUCGGGAAGGAGCCAAAUGUCCAAGUGAAUUAUUUCACCUUGAACUGGCAGAGCUUUUACUGCAAUUCGUUUCUGGGGCUGCUACAGGCAUAGCUUUAUAUUUGUUCUUUUUUAUGUAGUGUG